AUGCGUGCCUUGCACCUGCUGCCGCUAUUAUGUGCUAUCAUCGAAGCCAAGAUAGACCGGCAGAAAGUGGUGCAGUCAUUUAAUCCUCGACGUAAUGCCACUUCGCCGGAGACACCGUUGCAAGUUGGCAAUGGCAACUUCGCCUUUGGUGCUGACAUCACGGGCCUCCAGACCUUCAGUCCUUUUGCGACAAUGUCAACAUGGGGCUAUCACAACUUUAGUCUGCCCACAACCCCAGGCCAGACAUCGAUUGAAGACUACAAGGGAACAGAAUGGUGGACACAUGGACGACUAGUCCAAUACAACAUGGCCAACCCCACAAACAACGACAUUGCAAACUGGCUCCGCGAGAACCCCCACCGCAUCAACUUGGGCAUCAUCGGUUUGUCAUUCGACAGUGGCAAUGUUUCGACUGAUGGUGUGACGGAGGAUAUGCUUGGUGACAAGGAACAGAUCCUCGACAUGUGGGCUGGUGUUAUUCUCUCAAGCUUCACCUACAAGAACACUCCCAUCAAGGUGGAAACCCGAGUAGAUCCCAACUCUGACACCGUCGCCGUAUCCAUCGAAUCCGCUCUGUUGUCCUCUGGUGACCUUUCCGUAUUCUUUGACUUUCCCUACCCCACGAACGAUAAGUUUGGAGCACCAUUUAUGGGCGUGUUUAACCAGACCAACAAGCAUAAGACGUCUCUCUCAUCCUGCAGCGGAGGUAACCAGGCCAAGAUACACCACGACCUGACAACAGCCCAGUAUGAUCUCCGCCUCAAGUGGGAUAGCGGGAAGGGCAACGGGACGGUGAAGGCACCGACUGAUGGCAGCCAUCGAUACCUACUGUCCACCAGUGGCUCGGACAAGCUUCGGUUCACGGCCAAUUUUGCGCCUUCAAGGCCUUCGACUCAGGCCAAAUUUGACAAAGUCGUAAAUACUGCCCAGGAGUGGUGGGCUUCGUACUGGUCAAAUGGAGCGUUUGUCGAUAUGACUGGCACGGCUGACGCCAAAGCAACCGAACUCCAAAGACGGACCAUCCAGUCCCAAUAUCUGGUGGCUGUCAACUCGGCAUCAGAUUAUCCCCCCCAAGAGUCUGGUCUCGUGAACAAUGGCUGGUUCGGCAAGUUCCACAUGGAAAUGAUCCUCUGGCAUACAUUACAAUUCGCCCGCUGGAACCACUUCCCCCUCUUUUCCCGCUCCCUCCCCGGAACCUACGUCAAACUCCUCCCAUCUUCCCUGGCCCGCGCAUCAACACAAGGCUACGCCGGCGCCCGCUGGGGUAAGAUGACGGACCCUUCGGCCAUUGACUCGCCCGGCGAGAUCAACACCCUUCUAAUAUGGCAACAACCUCACCCAAUGUACUUCGCCGAGCUGGAAUACCGUCACGCCCCGACAGCUGAUACUCUCGCAAAGUGGGACGAAGUCCUUACGGCGACGGCGGACUUCAUGGCCUCCUUUGCAUUCUAUAAUCAAUCAACGGGAGUGUACGACUUAGGCCCGCCAAUGUACCCAGUUUCGGAAAACACCAACCCCAACGCCACUGUCAACCCAACGUUCGAGUUGGCGUACUGGCGCUUCGGCCUCGAUGUCGCCAUCUCAUGGAAAUCCCGCCUCGGCGAGAAGGCCCCUGAGGCGUGGAAGACGGUGAGGGAUAAGCUCGCCCCAUUGCCAGUCGUCGACGACACGUACCCCGUGUACGAGGGCAUCCCCAACAUGUGGAAGAACUUGACGACGGUGCAGGACCACCCGGCAAUGUCCGGUAUCUUCGGGCUUCUGCCGCCUCCCUCUUCCGGGCCAGGUCUCAAUCGCACUGUUCUGGAAACCACCGCCGCCAAGAUCUGGGAGCUGUGGGACCUCGACGAGUCUUUCGGUUGGGACUUUCCCAUGCUGGCGAUGAACAGCUUGCGAUUAGGCGACGCGCGGCGGGCGGUCGAAUAUCUGCUGCACCCAACUUUCCAGUUUGACGACGCUGGGUAUCCUGUUGGAGGGACCAGGGUGCCGACGCCGUAUUUUCCAAGCUCGAGCAGCUUGCUGCUAGCAGUGGCCAUGAUGGCUGGAGGUUGGGACGACGCCAAGGGGCCGCACUUUCCCGAGGGAUGGAAUGUUACUGUAGAAGGUUUCGUUCCUGGGCUAUAG